AUGGCUUCCGAGCCAUACCAGUAUCCAGAUGACUUGCCGAGUCUCAUCGAGGAUGUCUCUGGUGCCAGGUGGGCUCCGCUUCACCGCCAAAGCUGUGCAUUCGGCCGAGAUGCCUUCUUCAAGGUUAUGAUGAACCUCAUUCGCAAUCCAAACAUCAACUCGUCUUGGCUUUUCCGAGCAGAUAUCCUCGUCGAACAAGACUUCAGUCCGGCCAUGAGGACCGAAUCCCCAAAUCAGCCCAUACUUGUCCAUUUCUCACAAUUUGAUAUCCAGAAGGUCUUGGUGCGGAAGCUGAUACCAAGAAAUACGCGCCGGGACGAGCCUCUAGAUCAGACUUGCCUGCUCUACCACGGCACUGGAACAGGUGAGGUUCAGCGGUCUAUGGUCGUCUACAAGCCUCAUGUAUCCUCCCAUGCUGAGAUGCCCUUCUACCACCCCAAGGUACAGGGAAUAGCCUUUCUGCACGAGUGGAACUUCGAGGACGACAAGGGCACUAUCUCCAUCCAUUACCAUUUCUUCAAUGACCAUGCUCCCUCGCCAAAGCUGGUGAGGACUGGCCUCUAUCUACUAUCAACACUCCACAAGCAUGGCGAGGGAUCUAUAGCUGGCUACGUGAAGCGAGUCCAUCAUGAUACCGUCGUACCUCAGAUCACUGUUCAGAACACAUAUGCCCGGCUCAAGGAGAAAUACGCCCGGGGGCUCAUCGAGGGCUGGGCCGAAGUCACAGACCCCACAAAGCACGUUUUUGAAGACCUGGGCAUUGCAGCCUUCCUCAUUGAGCUAUGGGCUCAGAUGUUCCGUGGCUCUCCCUUCCCAGGCUUUGUUGAUAUUGGGUGUGGCAAUGGUUUACUCGUCUAUCUUCUUCGACAAGAGGGAUAUGCUGGAUGGGGGUUCGAUGCAAGGAAACGCAAGUCCUGGGACAACUACUCGCACGAAACUGCAGCCGCUGGUAACCAGAAUAACCUCAGCCUUCGACAACAUGUACUUCUUCCCUCAGUGCUGAACACGGACAAAAAUACAGUGCAGGUACUGGAUGACGUCGAUGGCGCUGAUCUGAUGCACGAUGGUCUUUUCCCCAAAGGCACCUUUAUCAUCUCAAAUCAUGCUGAUGAGCUGACGCCGUGGACACCCAUAAUUGCAACUCUCUCAGACUGCCCAUUCAUCAUGAUACCAUGCUGCAGUCAUGACCUAUCUGGGGCCAGAUUCAGAGCACCGGCGCCGAAGCAACAGGGCAAAUCACCAUCAGCAUACUCGUCUCUUGUCGAAUGGGUGAAGGGAAUUGGCAAGGAGUGCGGCUGGGCGGUUGAAACAGAGAUGUUACGCAUACCAAGUACGAGGAACACGGCAUUGAUAGGCAGGCAUCGUGUGAAUGAAGCUUCGUCCAUUGAUAUACAGGCGAUUCUUAGUCAAUACGGGGGCACCGAUGGAUACGCAGACAAUGUGAUCAAGCUAGCCAAGAGCGCCCCUCGGGGUCAUUAG